GACUUCAACUAAUCUUGGUCAUCAUUCAAGUGGACAACACCCCCCAUUUAGCAAUAGAAUCUCUUCAUUCAAUUCAUUCCUUCAUUUCUUAUUCUGAUUGUUGAGAGGACAAUCACAUUCACAAUGGUAGUUCUUCCUAGUAGGUUCUUUUGCUUUCAAAGCUUUCUCCUUCUCAUGAUAAUGGUGUCUGAUCAAGCCAGAGCCCAACCAAACUUUACUCCCUAUUGCAUGAAUAACAAAGGCAACUACACCGUCAACAGCACCUACCACAACAACCUCAACACCCUCCUCUCCAAUCUCCUUUCCAACACAGAAUUCAACUAUGGUUUCUACAAUUCCUCCUAUGGCCAAGGCAUUGACAAAGUUUCAGCCAUAGCACUCUGUAGAGGAGACCUCAAACGUGACGAAUGCCUCACCUGCCUCAACAACUCAAGGUUCAACCUCACACUGCAUUGUCCCAACCAAAAAGAAGCAAUUGGGUACAUAGAAGAGUGCAUACUGAGGUACUCCAAUAGGACCAUUUUGGGCGAGAUGGAGGUGUCUCCUUCGAUCAUAAUGAGCAACGUUGGCAACGAUGUGAUAGAUGUGGAUGAGUUCAACAAGGUUCUGGGGAGCUUGUUGAACAGCCUGAGAACCAAGGCUAUGUCAGGGGACUCACGUUUAAAGUACGCUACCGAAAUCGUUUCUAGUCCAAAUCUUCCGGACUUGUAUGGCCUGGCGCAGUGCACGCCUGAUCUUUCUAGCCAGCAAUGCGGUUCGUGCUUGUCCGGGGCUAUUGGGGAGGUGCCAUCAUGUUGUGAUAGGAAGUUAGGUGGUAGAAUUACUAGACCAAGUUGUAGUAUUAGAUAUGAAGGAAACCACUUCUAUGAAGAUGAUGCACCACCACCAAUUUCAACAUCAGAUGGGAAGAGCAACACAUCUAAAAUUGCCAUUGCAGUAGCGGUUCCAGUUGUUGUUGUAUUGGUUAUCAUUUCUAUCUGCAUCUACCUACGAGUAAAGAAGCCAAGUAAAAAAUUUGAAAAUGAUGAUUAUGAUGAUGAAAUUGAAACCAAUGAAUCACUGCAGUUCAACUUUGACACCAUACGAGUUGCUACAAAUGAUUUUUCUGAUUCUAAUAAGAUUGGAGAAGGUGGAUUUGGUGCGGUUUACUCGGGUAAGCUAACCAAUGGACAAGAUAUUGCUGUCAAAAGAUUGUCAAUGAAUUCUGGCCAAGGAGAUAUUGAAUUUAAGAAUGAAGUGCUUCUAGUGGCCAAGCUUCAACAUAGAAAUUUAGUUAGGCUACUUGGUUUCAGUUUGAAAGGGAGAGAAAGGCUCCUUAUCUAUGAAUUUGUUCCAAAUAAAAGUCUUGACUACAUCAUAUUUGAUCAGACCAGGAAAGCACAAUUGGAUUGGGAAAUGCGCCACAAAAUCAUACAUGGUAUUGCUCGAGGCCUUCUUUACCUUCAUGAGGAUUCGCGAUUGCGAAUUAUACAUCGCGAUCUCAAAGCAAGCAAUAUUCUCCUAGACGACGAGCUGAAUGCUAAGAUAGCAGAUUUUGGCAUGGCAAGACUGAUUGUUGUGGACCAAACACAAGAAAAUACGAAUAGGAUUGUUGGAACCUAUGGAUAUAUGGCACCUGAGUAUCUAAUGUAUGGACAAUUUUCAGUAAAAUCAGAUGUCUUCAGUUUUGGUGUACUGGUUCUUGAGAUUAUUAGUGGCCAUAAAAAUAGUGGCAUUCGUCAUGGGGAGAAUGUGGAAGAUCUGCUGAGUUUUGCAUGGAGAAACUGGAGGGAGGGGACACCUGCAAAUAUUAUAGAUCCGACAUUAAACAACGGUUCACGAAAUCAAAUGAUAAGAUGUAUUCAUAUUGGUUUACUAUGUGUUCAAGAAAACAUAGCUAACAGACCACCUAUGUCUACCAUUGCACUCAUGCUUAGCAGCUAUUCUCUCACUCUUCCUGUGCCUUCAGAACCUGGAUUUCUCAUGGGUAGAACUAGAAGCUUUUCACGCAUGCCUUCGUCCGAAGAGAAUUCAGGGGCAACAAGAUCAAGUGAGUCCAUGAAUAAAUCAACUCAAGAAUCAAUAAAUAAGGUUUCAAUAACUGAGAUGUACCCUCGUUAAUUGGAUUCUGGUCAUUGGGUUUGAUGAUAGUAUUUACUUAUAUCAUCAAUGUUUCAACCAAAAUAGAAUGUCCUUGGGAUUUGCUCGUGUAAAGAAACUGUAAUAUAACAUUCAAUUGGUUUUGUAGUGUAUGGUUUUACAAGUUUGCAAUGUA